UUAUGCUUAACAAUUUACAAAUUAGUAUGCUUAACAAUUUACAAAUUUACAUGCUUACCAAUUUACAAAUUUACAUGCUUACCAAUUUACAAAUUAGUAUGCUUAACAAUUUACAAAUUAGUAUGCUUAACAAUUUACAAAUUAGUAUGCUUAACAAUUUACAAAUUUACAUGCUUACCAAUUUACAUGCUUACCAAUUUACAUGCUUACCAAUUUACAUGCUUACCAAUUUACAUGCUUACCAAUUUACAUGCUUACCAAUUUACAUGCUUACCAAUUUACAUGCUUACCAAUUUACAUGCUUACCAAUUUGCAAAUUUGUAUGCUUAA